UUAGCACUGUUCUUGAUUCCUCCCGGUGCUGUUGUACCACAUGUGCAUUUGAUUCCUCCUGUCUGGUUGCCAAGGUAGCAGACAUGAAAACAAAUCAGAUGAACUUAGCAGGAGGUUUUGGGUAUCCUUUAGAACAAAAGAUCCCAGAGAAACACAUAGUUUUCUUGAGAACGUAAGUUAUCGGUCUAGUCAAAAGCAAUGUGGGAGUUUGGGUUUAGAGUUUGCAGCUGUUUUAUUAAAAAUCUGCUUUCUGCAGAUUUAGAGGAGCUUGUAGUGUUGUAAGGAUAUCAAACAGUUUGACAGCCUUUCAGUCAAACUAGCUUUUUUUUAUUUAUCUGUUUAUUAACUCCUUUAACCUCUCUCUUCUAAUAAAAUGGCAUCCCUUUGUGGGAUUUAAUUCAUUUCUGGGAUGGGAAUUGCCUGAACUGUAGUCCUGAGUCAUAACUGAGCCUUUUGGAGCCUUCCUGCCUGAGGAACAUGGAAGAGAGCUUUGUAUUUCUUUUGGAUGUAGCAGAUACAUUCAUAUUCAUUACUUAUGUUCUGAACUUACGCGCAUCCUUAUGAGCAGUAUUGCAUAAGUAUGUCCUAAAUAACAGCUUCUAAAACAAAGGGCUCUUAUUUACCUUUUUGAUGUGAAUUUUUCAUGUUUAUUGUUUCCUCUGUCAGAGUUUCUCAUCUCUGUUAAGUCAGCUCCCAGUUUCUGAGAGCAAAAUAUUUGACAGUAUAUCCAAGGGGAGAGAAACAUCUAGUGGUGCUGGUUCUCAGCACAAGGACUUUUGAGACUGGCUGAUUUCUCAGGAGCAAGAAUCAACAUUUCAACAGCUUCUGCUCUUCCUCUGGCUUUAUGUCAAAAUGUUUUUGUAGGAUGGACUUAGAGCUCCUGAAGAGGCUGCGCCAGGCCAACGAGCACCUUCUACAAAGGCUGAGGAUGAAGCAGGAAGAGAUCAGAAAAGAAUUUCCCAGCAAGCAGCUCCUUCCAGCAUCUCUUCAUAGCAGUACAGAUGCUGACAGAUGUGUCCCCUCGCCCGGGAGAGUGAAGGAAAACCAGGUCAAUGCAGUAAGAUCUACAGCUGACCCUGAAAUAAUGGUGCUUGUGGGACCCAGAACUGGCCCAGCCCUCAGUUCAUCUGUUAAACACAGCAGCAGUGACAGAGGGGUACAUCAACAACAAGUGAAGACACAGGAAGGAGCAGGUUUUGCUUACAGCUGUCCUGGGGAAGAUAAGAAUGUUACACCAGUGUCUGCAGUCAUUAUGUGUGGCAGAGAAGUCUCAAGAGUGGAUGGAGAUGGCCAUGCUCAAGGAAGUCCAGAGAAAAAAUCUUCCUUCCUGGGACAAGGAGAGAUCAGAAAACAGUCUGCUCUACUGCAUGAGAAAAGUCAUCUGGGGCCAUCACUGAACAGAGUGCAAAAUCAAGAGAGCAGUGAGCAGCAUGUGGUCAUCAGAGAGCCUCAUAUCCCUAAAUCAAUCUUGCUGACAUCUCAGUCCAAAGAGUUGAAGAAGGAAGCUUCUCAUGUGACCUUUCAGCCUGAACCUGAAGAAGAUGGCAUACCUGCCAGCAGCUGGUCUGCCCAUCCUUUCCUGGGCUAUGACUGGAUUGCAGGGCUCCUUGAUACAGAGUGUUCAGUAACAGAAAAACCUGAGCAAUACUUUGCUGAGCUGCAGGAAUUCCGACAGUCCAAUAGAGAAAGCUGUAUUCAUCAGCAGCACCUGGAGCCCAGGGCUCUGGAUCCACAAGAUCUGGAUUUGGUAACUGGUUCUCAUAAGAGUGUUUACUGUUACCGAUUGAACCAGCGCCUCUUCACCAUCCCUGUGGAUUCAGAAUCUGCCUGCCCUGUGUGUAAGAUCCCAUGUACCCACCAGCCCCCAGGGACACUGGAAGAGCCAGCCUAUGUCAGGGUCAGCAUUCCCAGGUCUGCCCUUUUGCCAGCCUACAAGUACAGGGCCCAUCGCAGGAGGAGCUUUGAGGCUGCAGAUGAUCUAGCACUGCCUUCGCAUUGCCUGGCUGGCUGGGAAAACAUGGUCCCUUCCAGCAAGGCCCUGCUCAGCAGUUUGGAUCUGCGAGCCUCAUUGGAAGAGAAGGCUUCUCCCUAUCCUUGCCUGGACUCAGUGUCCAGAGUGUCAGGAGAAGCCAAAACUGACAAGUUUCUACACCUGCCUCACUUGGCACAGCUGAGGUUUAGCACAGCAAACUGGAACACCAGACAGCAGCUCAAAGUUCAGACCCCACUCCCUCAACACUCUGCACCAUUAACUUGAUUGCUCAGGGGAAGGGAUGGGCACAGCACGUGGAACCAGCUCAGAAACAAAACAAUUUGGAUAAAAAUAAAUAUUUGGACAGAUUUUCCCCAGUUUUCAUAGUCAUGCAUGUAUGUGAGCAGCCAAUAUACAGAUCUGAGUUUGUACAGUCCACUAUGUUCACUUUGCAUUUUUUGCCUUUUACAGCCAGUUCUGAGCAGCUGCAUGAGCUGUCCCAGCUAGGGCUGGAUAAAUUCAUGUGUCCAGGAUCAGCAAUGCAUCUGCCACCUCAACUGGGUAACCAGCAGUGUAGCAUUAACUCUGAAUGCCAGGGUGAGGAAUUGGCCUGUGAAGGGCCUGGUUCAGUGGAGUGACACAAAUAUGUUUAUUUCCAAGUAUUUGAAACAAGACACACAGUUUUCUAGUGCCUUAAACUUGAGUUCCUCAAUAAUUUGUAAAAAUUUUAAAAAUCCAGUUUAUUCUCAGUGCAGUGUGCGUAGCUAUUUAGUGUACUACAUCAGAGUAAGUGAAUGUGACAAAAAAAUGUUAACAUAAAAUGAGAUUUUAUUCAUCAAUGAGCUUGAUAGUGCCUUAAAAUGUUUGCAAAUUUUGCUUGCCUCUACUUUUCCAAGUUUUCUGGAGAUAAACCAAAAAAGCAUUUGAGAGUUUUUAAAUUGGACCAAACCAAACUACUACACAAAGUGUGAUUUGUUUGAACUUUAUGGACUGAUUUUACUUUGCUUGUCUGAAAAACAAUAAAACUCAUGUUUUAUUUUGCUUUGAA